CGGGGAGAGCGUGGAGCCGGAACAGAGGCUCGCGGAUGGACUUGGCAGUCGGUCGCCGAGCAGCAUGCAGGCGUCGCGGAGCAGCAUCCAACCCGAGCCGGGAUGGUACGUCUCUGUCCAGCAGCCCGACGAGGCUUCGGCUGCGGAAGAGUGGAGCCCGUUGCUAAGCAACGAACCUCACCGGCAGGGAUCCCCAGGUGCUUCGUUUGGCUUCUCAGUCUUCAAUGUGAUGAACGCCAUCAUGGGAAGUGGCAUCCUUGGCUUGGCUUAUGUGAUGGCUAACACCGGUAUCCUUGGAUUUAGUUUCUUGUUGCUGGUGGUCGCUUUCCUGGCUUCUUACUCAGUCCAUCUCCUGCUUACUAUGUGCAUCCAGACGGCAGUGACGUCUUAUGAAGAUCUUGGACUCUUUGCAUUUGGAUUACCUGGAAAGGUGGUGGUGGCAGGCAGCAUAAUAAUUCAGAAUAUUGGAGCUAUGUCAUCGUAUCUUUUAAUUAUUAAAACCGAGCUUCCUGCUGCUAUUUCAGAAUUCCUGCCUGGUGACCACAGUGGGUGUUGGUAUCUUGAUGGGCCAACGCUACUAAUCAUCAUCUGUGUUGGCAUCGUAUUCCCUCUCUCGCUGCUUCCCAAAAUAGGCUUUCUUGGCUACACAAGCAGUCUAUCAUUUUUCUUUAUGGUGUUCUUUGCUCUUGUGGUAGUGAUUAAAAAAUGGUCCAUCCCCUGCCCUGUGACCUUAGAUUACAUCAAUGCAGUCUUUCAGUUUUCAAACGCUACAGAUGACUGUAAACCAAAGCUCUUUCAUUUCUCCAAAGAGAGCGUUUAUGCCAUACCAACCAUGGCUUUUUCAUUUCUCUGCCAUACCUCAAUAUUGCCCAUAUACUGUGAGCUUCACAGCCCCUCAAAGAAAAGGAUGCAGAAUGUAACCAACACAGCAAUUGCAUUCAGCUUUCUGGUUUACUUUGUGUCUGCCCUCUUUGGAUACCUCACUUUUUAUGACAAAGUGGAGUCAGAGUUACUACAAGGUUAUAGUAAAUACUUGCCACACGAUGUUCUUGUCAUGGCUGUGAAGCUAUGCAUACUAUUCGCUGUGCUUUUGACAGUCCCUCUAAUCCACUUCCCCGCCAGAAAAGCUUUAAUGAUGAUACUUUUCUCAAAUUUUCCAUUUUCAUGGAUUCGGCAUUCUCUGACCACAUUAGCGCUCAACACUAUUAUUGUUUUACUUGCAAUAUACGUUCCUGAUAUUAGAAAUGUAUUUGGCGUUGUUGGCGCCAGCACAUCAACCUGCCUGAUUUUUGUGUUCCCAGGGCUAUUUUAUCUUAGACUCAGCAGAGAGGAUCUUCUCUCAUGGAAAAAGCUUGGGGCUUUGUCCCUGCUUGUCACCGGUGUCUUGAUUGGGAGCUUCAGUUUAGCGCUCAUCGUUUUUGACUGGGUCAACAAAUGAAAGAAUUUUUUUUUCUAUUAUAAAGAAUAACUUACCUCUGUAAACAAGAAGGGAUCAUUCUGGAAGGUGCUGCAUAUAAAAUUCACACUCUUAGGAAAACUCUUAACAGAAAAGCAGGACAGACCAUCAGUAUGCGAUAAAAUGUAGUCAUUUUAAAUUUAACCAAAAUUAGAAGGACUCAAAAUGUUGUUUCUGAAUAGAGUUACUCUUUUGUUUGGGAGUUUUGUUUUUUGUAUUUUGUUUUUGAGACAGAAUCUGGCUGUGUAGACCAGGCUGGCCUUGAACUCACAGCAUUCUGUCUGCUGCUACUUCACAGCUGCUGGGGGUAGAGCCAUGUGCCAUCAUCCUGGCGCAUGCCUGGCAUUUAUGACUUAAAAAAAAAAGUAGCCUUUAUUUUUUAGAGCAGUCUAAUGUUUCAGAUAUACUGAGCAAAUGAAAUAAGGGAUUCUGUGUGGCGCCAUACUCCAUCCCCUGUAGCUUUCUGCUGUGCCUCUCGUGUCAGUACAACACAGUACAUGCAGGAAGGCUAAAGUCCACGGUCGACAUUAGGCUUGUUCCUGGUCACCACUCAUCUUUUUACCAGAAUGCCGUGGUUGGAAUCCUGCAGGAUUGUGUGUCCCUUUCUGACCGACUUCAUUGGCUUCAUAGCUUGUUUCCUUUUAGUACCAAGUAAUAUCCCUGUUAUAGUGAUCUAUCAAGUUUGCUCAUCUGCUUCACCUCUUGGACCUUUCUACUGCUUCCAAGUUUCGCCAUCCAUCAAUAAAGGUGCUAAAAAUGUU